AUGCCUCCGAAGAAGAGGGCCAGGCGCUCAUACGAAGUCUCCGAGGGUACUCGACGAAGUGAGAGAUCUACGCGAGGCCAAGGUGGACAUGCAGACCAGUUGAAAAAAACUGGCGAAACCUUAGUGGCCCCAGCGAGGAAAGGUCGGAAGGAGACCAAUCUUGACAUUAGUGAUGCAGAGGAAAACCCCAUGGCUCCUUCCCAGCUCCGGAAACCGAAGAAAACUGCUACUACUAAAAGGUCUCUGACCGGGAGCACCAAUCCUACUCAGUGUUCCGUUGGUAUCAACAAGAAUGUCCAUUCUGGACGCCAGCAACCUAAUUCAGGACACCAACAUUCUGGCGCAUCUCUCCGGACAGCCCCAAGUGCAGCUCAGUCUUCAGGUAGGUUUGGGUUUCGGCAGCCCACUUCGACUGGCAGUCAGAACAUCCGGAAGGCACCACGGCCCAAUGAGCGUACCCGUGACUCGGAGGAGGAGGCUGGAAGUCAAGCUCCAGAGCAUGGUAUCGGUGACGACGACGACGACCAGGACCAGGACCAGGACCAGGACCAAACUGACGGGGAAAAUGAGGACAGGGACGGAGUUCAGGACCAGGAGCAAACACUUGAAAUAGGCGGUACCACGGACUUUGGACAACACGAAGACGAUUUGGAUGGCGAGUACGGAGGUGACGCUCAGGAAGAUUGUCUGAAUCAAGGUAUUGAUGGGGAUUUUGACGAUGAGCCUGGCACUCAGAGGGACAAGCCUGACGCUCAGGACAGUGGUACUCAUGACGACUCCAACAAUGAGCUCGACAAUGCAGCCAGUGACGAAACAGAGGAAAGUGAAACUUUUGAUGUUCUCGAGCGACAUCAAAUGAAAAAUGGACGGCGCAAGGCACCUUCUUUAACUUAUCUAUCGAGGGCGAAACAUACUGAACGCAGACGUGCUUCUAGCCAGUCGAAGUCUCCUCGUCGACCGUCACCUCGACGUGUGGUGUCUACUGGGUCUUCUGCUCUGGCGCGACCUCCUAAAUCGUGUCCCGUCUAUGCGCCCUUCUUCCUCCCGCGUGCACUCUCGCCAUUCUACACGCUCAAGGUCACCAUAUCGGCGUUCAGCGUCACCUCAUACACACGUAUCUCAGUGUCCCCCCGCAUGCAGUCUCCUCAUCGGCGUUCUCCAUCUAGGCGAAGCACUUCCUCCAGUCGUGCUACACGUGAUGAGCCAGAUUCAUACAGAAAUAAGCGCAAGGCCAAGACAGUCCAAGAGGAUCCCGCGAAGCUCGGCUUUUACCCACCUGCCUGGCAAGCAUUUUUGCAGGCAGCGAAGUUAGAGAUGCGUCUACAGGCUGUUCUAACGCAUCCCAUUCCAGAUCAUGGAGAUGCGCUACAACUUGCACAAGAAGUUCUUGACGCUGAAUUGUGGGUGUACCACGAAAAAAAGAUCAAAUUGGACAACGGCUAUUUCCCGCAGUACACGACACAAAUGUUGCGGCUGCUCUGUGAUGAUCUAUUCACGUUUCGCACGGAGCUGAAGAAAGUUGUUAUAUCCGUCGCGAAAGCAUCAUACGAUAUCUUCCCGAAGGGCACCAUGGCGCGCAAGGACGAGGUACAGAAAUGUGUCAUUGCGAAGGCCACCAAGUUACUCAAGACCGGUGAUUAUCUUCGUAUUCCCGAUUCAUCUGAUGGCAAAUGGAGGAAUUUUGUCUCGCAAGCUCUCAGGGAUGGCUGCCUCGAAUUCUACUAUGGUAAUAGCAAGAAAGCCCUCAAGAACACAGAUGAAUUUCGACGUGCAAUACCUGUCAAUGGGCUGCUUCUUGUGGGCGCCGUGUCAUUGAUGAAUCAACAGACGAAGGGCGUCCUCACUGGGUUUCGCGAGACCGGCACUGACAAAGUCCCAGACCUCUCCGCAGAUAAAUGUAGGGCCGACUUCAACUCGUUGCAGAAGUCUGUAGAUGCACUUCUAGAAAAUCCUGACCGUCGUGCGGAGCUCGAGGAGAUGUUGGAGCAGUGGGCUAUGAUUGGGAUGGGUGACCUUGAUUUUGACGAGGGCAAUACUGGAGGCAGUGAUAUGGAGGAUGUCAACAUCAUCUUAUAA